CGAUAACGCAGCUCUUAUCCAAAAGUCAACUGAGAAUCCAAAUCAGAAACAUCAAAAAUAAUCACGCCAUCAAUCCACAAUGGCCGGCGAAGAAGUCCAAAAACCCGAAGCUGUGGCGGCCAGCGCGCCAGAAGCUGAGAAGCCCACUGAAAUAGCUACCGAGCCAGCUGCCGCCACCGAGCCAGAGGAAGCUCCGAAGGAGGCCCCCAAGGAGGCCGCUGAGAACGCUCCCCAGGAAGCUACUGAAACUCAGGAAGCUGCCGAGAUUGCUCCCGUGGAAGCUGCCCAGGUCGCUCCCGUGGAAGCCGUCAAGGAGGCCCCCGAGGAGGCCCCCAAGCAAGAUUCCAAGGAAGACGCGAGCACCCCCAAACAAACCCCGAUCGCCGAGCUGUGGGAUGCGGCCAAGUCGAACGGCCAUCCAGAGAUCUGGGGCGUGACGCUUGCCGAUCCCAGCACCCACAUCCCGACCCAGAUCAUCCUCCAGAAGUAUCUCAAUGCCAAUGAUGGAGACCUUGUCAAGGCCAAGGAUCAGCUGAUCAAGACGCUGGAAUGGCGCGCCAAGACGAAACCGUUGGACCUGGUGAAGAAGACCUUCAGCAAGGCCAAGUUUGAAGGGCUGGGAUACGUGACCAGCUAUGUCGGCGAUGCCAGCGACGCUACUGAUCCCGAGAACAAGGAGGUCUUCACCUGGAACAUCUACGGUGGUGUCAAGUCGAUCGACGAGACAUUUGGCAAUCUCGAAGAAUUCAUCGAAUGGCGCGUCGCCCUCAUGGAGCUCGCCCUGGCCGAGCUCCCGCUCUCGACCGCGACCAAGCCAAUCACGGCCGAGCACGACCCGUACAAGAUCUUCCAGGUGCACGACUACAAGUCCAUCAGCUUCCUGCGGCAGUCGCCGGUCGUCAAGGCGGCCAGCACGGAGACGAUCCGCGUGUUCGCGCAGGGCUACCCGGAGCUGCUCAAGGAGAAGUUCUUCGUCAACGUGCCCGCCAUCAUGGGCUUCAUGUACGCCCUCAUCAAGCUCUUCGUCGCCGCCAAGACGGCCCGCAAGUUCCACCCAAUGUCCAGCGGCGCCGGUCUCGCCAAGGAGUUUGGCGGCGGCAAGACCAAGGUCGCCGGGCUCGGCGAGAAGCUGCCCGGGGCGUACGGCGGGAAGGGCGAUGCGCUGGACGUGCUGGGGAAGCAGCCUGAGCUGGAGUGAUUGCCUCUACAACCACGGCGGCUGGGCUCUGGAGGGAGAGGAGAGGGGGAUACGCGCGUGGAUGGCUUCCUUUUCGUUGAUAAUUCGGCUUUCCUUUUCGUGCGCUAAGAUACACCACUCGCCUCAUUUGCUUUCCAAUUGAUACUCCGACACAGUGUGUUCUGCAACUCUACUUCAAUAAUGGGUGCGCUCUGCGUUUGCAGCCAGGCGUGCAUUCGUAUACAAUACAAUAAAUACACUACUGAAUCUCCCAAUGUCAAUGUUGGCGUCGUCUUGACUGUGACGCCGAGGGGCUCCCAACAUCUUGCCCCAAUGUUGGGUGACCGCAAGGGGCUGGCUUCUCAUGGUCCGCAAUUG